UCACAACUGCAAUACGAUGAGGGAAGAGGGUGGCUAAGUCUGGCAUUAAAAGGAGAGCACGGACCCCGCAGAAAAUAACUUGCUCCUUGUUUCUGGUUCCUUCUCCCGAAAUCUCCCUCCUUUCUCCAGAGGCCUUGACCAAGGAGGUUAGAAUUUCAGUCUUUUGGGCCCUGUCUUUAUCUGCAGGGGGCUUUCUGGGGCCUGAUGGUGGGGCUGGUCAUCGGCCUGAGCCGGAUGGCCUUGGAGUUUGCGCACCCCACGCCCCGUUGUGGUGUCCCGGACAGGCGCCCUUCCCUCGUGAAGGACCUCCACUAUCUUCACUUCGCCACCCUCCUCUUCCUGCUGACUGCCGUGGUGGUGGCGGGCAUCAGCUUGUUGACUAAGCCCCCCACCGAAUCCCAGGUAAAGUUUGUGACUUGGUGGACCCUCCGUGCGGAGGAGCCCCUUCCUCCCAAACACUCCAACCCCAAAUCGCGGCCCGAGGACGGCUUUUCCAGCACAGAGAACGAUGAUCUCCCGGAAAGCCUCCCGCAGAGUUGCUUUGGGAGCGGAAAGACCUGCACCCCCUGCAUCAUGAAAGCUGGAACCCCCCCAGGGAAGCCCCCCGGGGACAAGACAGAAUCCCGCUUCUGGGCUCGGAUCUGCUGUGCAAACGCCCUUCUCCUGAUCUGUGUCAAUGUCUUUUUCUAUGCUUAUUUUGCUUAA